GUGGUGUUUGAAAUUCAGUUGAAAUGUCAACAGAAUUGUUUUGCUUGGCUUCGGAGAACGCGCCCUCGGAAUAGCAAGAAACAAAAAAUCGCUUGUGGUUCUUCGUUUAUCUAUUUUGUUAAGAUAAUCAUUACUUUACCUUAAAUUGUAACUAGCACGUGAAAGUACUCGCAUUGAGAAAUGAAAAUGUCUGCUGAUAAACCGGAUUUCGAGAAUAAUGUCCCUACGGAACAGCAUCUGAAAGAACUGCUAACAACGGCUAUUGAAUUGGAAGCAAACGUAUCGGAAAUAGAACGGGAACGAAACAAAGCAUCUGAGCAGUUGGAUGCUGUUUGGAGUAAAAUCCAUCAAGCUAUCGUCAACGAAGCUGAGUUGAAACGAAAACGAGCCACGAUUCAGCAGUUAAAUAAUGAUUUUAGCAGUCAAGUACACAGACAGAAAGAAGAGGAAAGCUUUUUGGAUCAGUUCAAAGCACUGCAGAACGCUAUGGGCAUUACCAUUGUUUGCAAACCAGAACUGAAGACGACAGAGAUCACAUUCGACGAUGCACUAAAGACAAAAGUUUCAUUCGUAUAUGAUAUCAAAGGAAUAACGCUUGGUGAGAUGUACCCAGCACACCCUAAUGUGGAUGCAAUUCGGACGCAGCUUAACGAAACAGGAGAUUUGUUGGGAUUUCUUUCGACGCUGAGGAACAAACUAACACUGCAGAACCUUUAAAGUUAGCGUAAAUAGCUGUUAAUAAAAUAAAUAUGUGUAUUCAACCCGCA